AUGCACGAAGAGACGCGGAAUUUAAUUCUGCCCAGCACAAGUAAUGAACGAAAAUCGCAUCCAAAAAGGGCCAGUCUGCCAAGAAUUGUGUUCACAUUUUCACUUGGGCUCUCUUUUGGGUUUACUUUGGCGACGUUGAUUCUCGCCCCGUACUCAACUUUUGACAAGGAAGAACUGUCGAGAUCUGGAGUCUUCGGCAAGAGUUCUUUCAUUCAAGAAGAAACAUUUUUGGGAAAUGGCGUGAAUGUCUCUAAAACUGUUCAAGAGGCGUUCGAAAUGAAGCUUGACCUAAAUUCAACGUUUGUUCACGAACUUUUAAAAGGAUCGGAAGAGGUUGCGGCGCGGCGCCUCGCUCAAGAAAUCCGCAUCAUUUGUCUCGUCCACACCAUGCCUCACAACCACAAUGACAGGGCGGCCCACGUGAGGGACACGUGGGGUAGGCACUGCAACAACAUCCACUUUAUCAGUUCAAAGCGGGACCCUACGUUGCCCACAACCGAUGUUGACAUUCCACCGAAUAGAGAAUUAGAAUGGGCAAAAAUGGAGAGCUCGUUUGAUUUUUUGCUCAAGCAAAGAAUUAAAGAUUUUGAAUGGGUCGUCAAAGCUGACCAUGCCACGUAUGUUGUGGUUGAAAAUUUGAGAACCAUGCUGUCCAGCUAUUCCUACAAUGAUCCUAUUUACUUUGAACUCAAUUACGAAAUUAACAAGACAAUCACUGGAUCAAAUAAUGCAGCUUACGUUUUGAGCAAAGAAGCGAUAAAGAAGCUGGUAAUAAACGGGUAUAAUGGAGACAAGCCAGAAUGCAAGGGCGUCAACAAUAAAAUUGCAAGAAUAGGUGACUGUUUCAAGGCGCUUGGUUUUAAGGAAGAAACCCCAGUGGACGAGUUAAACAGAAGGCGGUGCCUGCCUUUUGAUCGCGAUAAUAGUUUGAGAGACCUGGAAAGCCUCAAGGGGGAAUGGUGGAAGGAUGAUUAUGUGUAUUGGCCUAUGAAUGCGGGUUUGAACUGCUGUUCUUCCGAGCCUAUUUCCUUCCACUUGGUCAAGCCGACAUACUUGUACAUGCUGGAGUACUUGAUUUACCAUGUUCGUCCGUACAGCGUGAUCAGACACACGAAAAUCAAGCUGCCGAUUGCAGACGACCUAACAACCGCGGCACCAACCGAAGGGACCACGACGGCCUCGAGCACCACAACCAAAAGCUCAAACGCGUCUUUGAGUAGCACUUCUGCUAAAAGCGUGACCGCCGCAAAGCUGAACUCCACAAAUUCUACAGCAAAUUUAAACACACCGAUCAGUGCCAACGCAACAUCCACCACCAGCCCUUCCACCACUGCAAAAACUAAUGCAACAACAGUGGCAGCGUCGGCAGCGAUUGCAUCAACGUCGACUGUUAAAAAUGCUUCCAUCCCUUCUACCGCCGGUGCAACCACCAAGGCUGCAAAUUUGACGGUCGUGGCAAAUGCAACUACCAACACCACUACAGUAAAAAUUACAUGAAAAUCGUUCAAAUUAUUUUACGUGUGAAAUUGUGCAUGCAAACUUCAAUGCUUGAUUUUUUUUUUAAAUUUUAUUAAAUAAAAAUAAAAACA